AUGCCACACUUGUCCCCCGUCGAAGCACCUGGAAAACAUACACACUUUAGUUUGGAUGAUCAGAGAAUCAUAGCAUACCUCAAUAUAAUUCUUGUAGUUGCAUUUUCUGUCUGGGGCGAGAAUGCUGCUCUCCUCUUCGCGAUCGUUCUUUACAUUCGCCUGCGGCAUCAGGUCAAACCCAGCGCGCGGCGAGUCGCGGCGAGUCGCGGCGGCAGGGGCACGGCGAUCAUCCGAUGCUCGCGCAGCAAGACGGGCAGCGCGUGGCGGAGCAGCAGCGACAAGGAGGAGGCGCGCAAGAUCCUGGAGAGGGGCAAGAAGGAGCUGGGGCCAUACCCUGGCAGGGGCAAGGUCGUGAGGAACAAGGCGCUGGUGCUGGAGCUGGCCAAGGGAUUUAGGGGCAAGAAGGUGCACAGGAUUGCGCGGGAUCGGGUCGCCAAGGCCCUGGAGCACUCGUAUCGCGAUAGGCGGAGGAAGAAGAGAGAUUUCCACAAGCUGUGGAUCACGAGAAUUGGGGCUGCUGCUCGACUCCACGGGCUUGGGUAUAGCGAAUUCAUGCACGGGCUCAAUCGCCAGAAAGUGGAGCUCAAUCGCCAGCUACUGGCAAACAUGGCGAUCUUGGAUCCGGAUUCUUUCAAGAGCCUGGCAGACUCAGUCUCCUCUCUUCCUCCGCUUAAGGUAAGUCUACUUAUGCCUUUCUUUCUUUUCUUUUGACGAUUCAUCUUGUU